UAGAUGACUGUGAGCGGAGGGGUGUUAGUAAUUACUGGGACUUUGUACUGUUUUCUCUUUGUGUACCUUGACCUGGCCAAGAGCAUUUAACGGGGAUUUUUGUUGCUCUGCUGGCCAGCUUCAGGUAAACCUCGCCUGCAGACAGUCUUCACUGUGCUAGGUCGGUAGAUCUGGAAAAGCAGGUACAGGUUAACAGACACAGACCAACCAGUGAACAUGGAUGAAGAGGUCAACUCAGUGGAGUUAAAGGACAAAUCCGGCCACGAGAAUAACGGUUUUGUUGCAGAUAUUGAUGAAAAGGAGGAGACGCCAAGCAGGAAAAACAGCCAGAUCGAAGAGUCCUCUUAUGCAAUCAAAGUGAAUGAAUAUGACCAGACCCUUCCAUUAAAGCCAUACGCUGGCAUGCCGAAAGAAGUCCUGCUACAAUUUUCCAACCAAAUGUGCUACAAGGUGACACGAGAGAUUCUAUUCUGGCUCAUCAUUGUCGCCACUUUGGCCAUCAUUGCCGCCACAAUCUCGAUUAUAGCUCUGUCGCCUAAGUGUCUUGACUGGUGGCAGAGCAGCCCGAUCUACCAGGUUUACCCGAAGUCUUUCCGAGACAGCGAUGGCGAUGGCUCCGGGGAUCUUAAAGGUGUGCAGGAGAAGAUUGACCACUUUGUGUACCUUGGCGUGAAGGCUGUCUGGGUUGCCCCAUUCUUCGCGUCAACUCUGAAAGACUAUCGCUAUGCUGUGGAUGACUUCCGCCAGGUUGACAAAAGUUUCGGAACUAUGGUGGAUUUUGAGAACCUGCUUUCUGCUCUGCAUGAUAAAGGUAUAAAAUUAAUAAUGGACCUUGUUCCAAAUCACACCAGCAAUAAACAUCACUGGUUCGAGCUGAGUAGGAAUCGAACAAAUAAAUAUACAGACUAUUACAUCUGGAAGAACUGUACAGUAGAUGGCCGGGUCGUACCUCCCAAUAACUGGGUUGGCCUGUAUGGAAACUCCUCCUGGGAGUACGACAGUGAAAGGGGACAAUGCUACUUUCAUCAAUUUCGCAAAGAGCAACCUGAUCUAAAUUUACACAAUCUAGACAUCCAAAAUGAAAUUCUAGAUAUUAUUACUUUCUGGCUGGAGAAAGGUGUUGAUGGGUUUACAAUCGAUUCUGCCAAGUUCCUUCUAGAAGCUGAGCACCUCCGGGAUGAGCCUCAGGUCAAUAAAUCUCAACAGGCGGAUUCAGUCACAUCUUAUUCAGAGCUCUAUCAUGAUUACACUACAACGCAGAUUGGGAUGCACGACAUUCUCCGUGACCUCCGCCAAGCCAUGAAUAAGUUCAGCCGAGAGCCUGGCCGCUACAGGUUUAUGGGAACAGAAUCCAAUGAUCAUGACAUGGUGGCAAAAACAAUGAUGUAUUAUGGAAAUUCCUUAGUCCAGGAAGCUGACUUUCCUCUCAACUUCUAUCUGCAUGACUUGCAAAACCAAAAUAUCUCGGGGACGUCAAUAAAUAAUAUAGUGGAUCUGUGGAUGAAGUCUAUGCCUAAAGGAAAGUGGCCACACUGGAUGGUUGGAAGCUCCAGAAAUUCUCGCAUUGCAUCUCGGGUGGGGAAAGACUACAUAAAUGUGCUUAACAUGCUGCUACUGACUCUGCCUGGCACUCCAACAACUUACUAUGGAGAAGAACUGGGAAUGGUUGAUAACUCCUCACUCAAUAAAGAGUCCUACCUGUCUGGUGAAUACGAUCCUUCUGAAUACCCAGAGAAGACUCCAAUGCAGUGGGACACAAGCCCAAAUGCUGGCUUUAAUGAUGGCAAUACAACAUGGCUACCUGUCAACCAGGAUUAUACCGAGCUCAAUGUUGAAGUGCAGAAGGAGAAGCCAGAUUCCACCCUAAACCUGUAUCGGGAUUUAGUGAAGCUCCGGCAGGACGAGCUGCCUCUUCACAGAGGAUGGUUGUGUUAUGCAUAUUCUGACGCCAAUAUCUUUGCUUACGUCAGAGAAAUAGAUGGUUUGAACAAGGUCUUUAUGGUGGUGCUCAACUUUGGCGCCUCAGCGUCUGUGAAUAUUAGAGAUAAAAUCACAGAUUUUCCUACAGAAGCAAAGAUCAGGUUAAGCACGAUAUCCGCCAACAACGGGAAAACUGUCAGCACAAACAGCAUCCCCACAGAACGCGGGGAAGGAAUUAUAGUGGAGUACAAGACCAACAAACCUCUGCACAACAUGGACACUUUCAAAAACAAUUGCUUCAUAUCAGAAAAGGCUUGUUAUUCCAGCGCCUUCAAUUUACUGUAUAAGAAUUGCUGAAGAGCAUAAGAUGUAUCACUUCAUUAUACGGCAUCACUGCAGCUUGUGGAAAAUUAUGCUGAAAAGUUCUAAAUACAGUUUUUGUAAUUUCAUAAAAUAUAUAAAUACUUUUUGUUUGGCAGCAAAUAAAAUAUCUUGUUUACGCUCAAA